AUGGCCGCGGUUCCGGUUCCGGUAGGAGGCCCACCUCUCACCCGGCAAAGAGCUCAGCGGGAGCUGUCUGUCGCAGCACCCUACUCCACUAUCAAGACCCUGCCCUUACGAGCCGCUGGACCUCCAGAUGCGGAUGGCAACCAGCCCCAUGUUUAUUGGCCUUUCGCAACUAGCGACCUCUAUAACUGGAAGGCACAGAACCCUAAGUUCUCCGAGAAACUGGGGAGACUUAUUGACUUGCUAGAUUCUGUUCUUUUCACCCAUCAGCCCACAUGGGAUGACUGUCAGCAGCUUUUACAGGUUCUGUUCACGACGGAAGAGAGAGAAAGGAUCCUCAGUGAGGCCCGAAAGAUGGUUCCCGGUGUAGACGGAAAUCCAACCACAAACCAGGCCCAGAUAGAUGUCUCUUUUCCCUUAACUAGGCCUGAAUGGGAUUUCAACACGGCAGAAGGUAAGGAGAGGCUCUUGGUCUACCGUCAGACUCUAAUGGGAGGUCUCCGCAGGGCUGCUAGAAAGCCCACCAAUUUGACCAAGGUAGGGAACGUACAGCAGGAAAGAGAUGAGUCUCCAGCUGCCUUUCUAGAACGGAUCAUGGAGGCAUAUCGCACCUAUACCCCCAUGGAUCCAGAAGCCCCUGAGAAUAAGGCAGCUGUAAUCAUGAGUUUUAUAAACCAGUCAGCCAUGGACAUUAGAAAGAAACUACAGAGAAUAGAUAGAUUAGGAGAAAAGAGUUUACAGGAUUUACUGGUAGUAGCAGAGAAGGUGUUCAAUAACCGAGAGCCCCCUGAGGAGAGGCAAGCCCGCGCCAUGGCGGCUGCCAGUGACAAGCAGACUCGAAACCUGGCCAAGAUUCUGCUAGCCACCACCAUGGAGUCCCCUGGGGAGCGGACCCGCCACCUCCGCCAGCUCGCUGAUGGCCAAGAAAGAGGUAAGAGAACUGCCCGGGACGGGAAAAGGAAGCUGCAACAGAACCAGUGUGCUUACUGCAAAGAGAUAGGGCACUGGGUCCGAGAAUGCCCAAAGAAGGCCGGUAAAAAGGGGAACAAGACAGACCGGGUGGAGGUCUUGGAGCUGGAAGGACUGAGUGAUUAGGGAAGUCGGGGUUCGGAUCCCCUCCCCGAGCCCAGGGUAACUCUUAAAGUGGAGGGGACACCUGUUGACUUCCUUGUCGACACUGGAGCACAACAUUCGGUUCUCCGCACACCUCAGGGGAAGCUAGCCAGCAAAAAGUCCUGGGUGCAAGGGGCAACUGGCAUGAGCCAGUAUUCAUGGACUACCCGAAGAACAGUAGAUCUAGGAACGGGCCAGGUAUCCCAUUCCUUCAUGGUAAUACCAGAAUGCCCCUACCCCCUAUUAGGACGAGACUUGCUAACCAAGAUUGGGGCCCAAAUAACCUUCAGACAAGGGGGGCCUCAGGUCACCGAUGGCGAAGGCCACCCCAUCCAGGUUCUGACUCUGAGACUGGAGGAUGAAUAUCGCCUCCACCAGGGGGCUCCCCCAGUAGAGAACAAUAUGGACAGGUGGCUGCAAGAAUUCCCCACAGCCUGGGCAGAGACGGGGGGAGAGAAGGCCCGAUGA